AUGCGAUUGCACAUACUUGUCUGGAUCUGUGCCAUAUAUGUCUAUGUUUUCCAGGGCGUGCAGGAACAGGUGAACCUCACAUCUCCUCUGCUCUCUAAAAGAGGACCCCAUUUUGGCUCCCUGUCCCACAAACUGGGCCGCAGCAUGGACGAGGUGGGCCAUCGCAUCCAGCAGGGCCUGCUGAGGAACUCCUCAUCCUGGGUGCUGUAUAACCUGGCGUCGUUCUACUGGAGGAUAAAGAAUGAGCCCAGUCGGGCGGUGGACUGUGUGAUCCGGGCCCUGCACUUCUCACCCAGGCAGCACAAGGACCUGGCCCUGGUGAACAUGGCCAACAUCCUGCAUCGGGCCCACUUCUCGGCUGACGCUGCCAUCGUGGCUCACACUGCCCUGGAUUUGACCUCUGACCUUCUCACCAGCCACUACACCCUGGGCAACAUCUACGCAGUGAGUUACAGCACCACUAGUAGAUGCACUGAAUACAACCCAAGAGAUAACACGUUAAAGAGAUUCCACUUGUUUCCAAGUUGGUUCCUGAUGGAAUACACACAAGACAGACAAAACCACAGAAAGCUCGCU